ACUCGCGGGCGGAGCCAAGCGCGCAAUGGCAAAGAGGUCAAGAGGCGGAGAGAAGGAAAAAGCACGUGUGGUCCACACAGCAUUGUCCUUCUUGAGCACACUUGUUUUUGCCCCGGAGCCCGUCGGUCUCCUUCGCAUGUAGACAAACACGAGGGCCCCCGAAGCACAGCAAACCGUCUCGUCAGCAGUCCCCCUUUGAUACUGUCACGCGGUUUUUGUUGUUUUUUUUUUUGGAGCAUGGUGAGCAAGACGGACGACACCCCGGCUUCGGCGCCUGGUUGCGGUCCGGUUGAUGCUGCGGAGGAAGCCGGGGAUGGAGCUCAGGACGCCCACGAGAGCAGCAGGACGCAUUUGAAGGAAACGUGCGGCUGCGACGCAGUCAUGGUGAAUGGCGGAGGGGCGCAUGAGCACACGGAGGUGUUGGAAUCCAAGAAGGGCGGCAACAGUGAAGUCAACGGCGGGGAUGAGUCCAAUGAGCAGGAGGUGAUCGUCAUCCAGGACACGGGCUUCACCGUAAAGAUCCAGGCGCCCGGAGCCGAGCCCUUUGACCUCCAGGUGUCCCCUCAGGAGAUGGUGCAAGAGAUCCACCAGGUGCUGAUCGACCGAGAGGACACCUGCCACCGCACGUGCUUCUCUCUGCAGCUGGACGGGAAUGUCCUGGCCAACUUCGCUGAGCUCAAGUCCAUCGAAGGCCUGCAGGAGGGCUCGCUGCUCAAAGUGGUGGAAGAGCCAUACACGGUGCGUGAAGCCCGGAUCCACGUGCGCCACAUCCGAGACCUGUUGAAGAGCCUGGACCCGUCGGAUGCCUACAACGGCGUGGACUGCAAUUCCCUCUCCUUCCUCAGUAUCUUCACAGACGGAGACCUCGGAGAGAGCGGGAAACGGAAGAAAAAGGGCAGCGAGCUGGAGCAGAUUGACUGCACCCCGCCAGAGCACAUUCUCCCGGGCAGUAAAGAGCGCCCACUGGUACCGCUUCAGCCGCAGAACAAGGACUUGAAGCCCAUGCAGUGCCUGAAGGUCCUGACCAUGAGCGGCUGGAACCCUCCCCCCGGUAAUAGGAAGAUGCACGGCGACCUCAUGUACCUGUACAUCGUGACAGUAGAAGAGCGCCACGUCAGCGUCACUGCCUCUACACGCGGCUUCUACCUCAACCAGUCAACUACCUACACCUUCAACCCUAAACCAGCCAACCCCAGUUUCUUGAGCCAUUCUCUGGUGGAACUAUUGAGCCAGAUCAGCCCUGCCUUUAAGAAGAACUUCACCGCUCUGCAAAAGAAAAGAGUCCAGAGGCAUCCCUUCGAGCGAAUAGCCACACCUUUCCAAGUGUACAGCUGGACGUCGCCACAGGUGGACCACGCCAUGGACUGCGUUCGGGCCGAGGAUGCCUACACUUCCCGCUUGGGUUAUGAGGAGCACAUACCGGGACAGACGAGAGAUUGGAAUGAGGAGCUUCAGACAACAAGGGAGCUUCCACGGAAGAACCUGCCGGAGCGCCUGCUGAGGGAGCGAGCGAUAUUCAAGGUCCACAGCGACUUUGCGGCAGCGGCCACUCGCGGCGCCAUGGCGGUCAUCGACGGAAACGUCAUGGCCAUCAACCCCGGUGACGAAACGCACAUGCAGAUGUUCAUCUGGAACAACAUUUUCUUCAGCCCGGGCUUUGACGUGCGAGACCAUUAUCGCGAGCUGGGCGGGGACGCCGCCGCCCACGCCGCCCCCACCAACGACUUGAACGGCGUGAGAGCGUACGGCGCCGUGGACGUGGAGGGACUCUACACGCUGGGCACGGUGGUGGUGGACUACAGGGGCUACCGUGUCACCGCCCAAUCCAUCAUCCCUGGCAUCCUGGAGCGCGAGCAGGAGCAGAGCGUCAUUUACGGCUCCAUCGACUUCGGGAAGACUGUCGUGUCUCAUGGCAAAUACUUGGAGCUUCUGGCCAAGACGAGCAGGCCCCUCAAAGUCCAGCGGUACAAUGUGCUCAACGAGAAGAAUGAGCCAGUGGAGCUUUGCUCGUCGGUCGAAUGUAAGGGCAUCAUUGGAAACGAUGGCCGCCACUAUAUCCUGGACCUCCUCCGCACCUUUCCCCCUGACGUCAACUUCCUUCCUGUGGAGGGAGAAGAGGUAGCCCCGGAGUGUCAGCGCCAGGGUUUCCCCCGCCAGCACCGCCACCGCCUCGCCUGCCUUCGCCAAGAACUCAUUGAGGCCUUUGUCGAGCACAGGUAUCUUCUUUUCAUGAAGAUGGCCGCAUUACAACUCAUGCAACAGAAGGCCAACAAAAAUGAAAAACUUCCAGCCAUCACUCAGACCUCUGAAACGGACUCCAAUGCCGAGAAAGCACAAACCGCUGCCUCAGAUUCAGGCACGCAGGUCUCCCCGGACGGACCGGACGUGCCGGUCGAAACAAACCGCAGCCUGGGUGUGAGCGAUGGGGGCGAAAUGACCCCAAAGACCGCUGCCAAUGGGCCUUUGGAGCCUACGGCAACACAAAAUGGGGAGUGCAAGAGCCCGCUGGAGGGUAAGGAGCUUGAGGAAAGUAUUCCAGGAUUAGCUCAGGCCAAAGAGCUGGCGGAGACCUUAGUCGGUGAAGACGGAUCUGGUAUCGACUCCAAAAGCCGCGAGGUGGUCCUGAAUGCCUGCAAGGCCGUCGGCUCCAUCAGCAACACGUCCUUCGACAUCCGCUUCAACCCGGACAUCUUCUCUCCAGGAGUCCGUUUCCCAGACGAAAGCGCCGAUGACAUCCAGAAACAAAAGCAGUUGCUCAAAGAUUCCGCUGCCUUCCUCAUUUCAUGCCAGAUUCCAUCACUGGUCAAAGACUGUUUGGACCAAAGCGCUCUGCCCAUGGACGGAGCCACCCUAACAGAGGCCUUGCACCAGCGAGGCAUUAAUGUGCGCUACUUGGGCACUGUGCUGGAGUUUGUGGACAAGACUCCUGCCAAAGCCCAGCUGGAACACUUCUAUAGAAUAGGAAUCAUUGAAUUGAUCACCAGAUGUGCAAAGCAUAUCUUCAAGACAUACCUCCAGGGUGUCGAGCUCUCGGCUCUCUCCGCUGCUGUAAGCCAUUUCCUGAACUGUUUCCUGAGCUCCUUCCCGGACGCCGUCGCUCACCUGCCGGCCGACGAGCUCGUGUCGCGGCGGAAAAACCGCAAGCGGCGCGUCAAGCUUCCCGGAAGCGGGGACAACACUGCGUGGGCCAGCCUGACGCCGAGCGAGUUGUGGAAGAACAUCGCCUCGGAAGCGCAGAGUUACUACCACUUCACCAUCCAAUGUGAAAAUGUGGACCAGGUGGUGGAGAAAUACAAUCUUCAGAAAAUCACUUUGCUGAGAGAAAUAUCAGUCAAAGCGGGAAUCCAAAUACUAAUAAAGGAGUAUAACUUCGACAGCCGCCACAAGCCUUCGUUCACAGAGGAAGACAUCCUUAAUAUUUUCCCGGUGGUCAAACACGUCAACCCCAAAGCCUCGGACGCCUUCCACUUCUUCCAGAGCGGUCAGGCCAAGGUGCAGCAAGGAUUUUUGAAGGAGGGUUGCGAGCUGAUCAACGAAGCCCUCAACCUGUUCAAUAACGUGUACGGAGCCAUGCACGUGGAGAUCUGCGCCUGCCUCCGCCUCCUGGCUCGCCUUAAUUACAUCAUGGGGGACCACGCUGAGGCACUCAGCAACCAACAAAAGGCUGUCCUGAUGAGCGAAAGAGUCCUCGGCAUCGAGCACCCGAAUACAAUUCAAGAAUAUAUGCAUUUGGCUCUGUACUGCUUUUCCAACGGGCAGCUGUCCACCGCUUUGAAGCUGCUCUACAGAGCGCGGUACCUCAUGUUGCUGGUGUGCGGGGAAGACCACCCGGAGAUGGCGCUGCUGGAUAGCAACAUUGGCUUGGUGUUGCACAGCGUGAUGGAAUACGACUUAUCGCUGAGAUUCCUGGAGAACGCUCUGGCCAUCAACACAAAGUAUCACGGAACCCGGUCGCUCAAAGUCGCGCUCAGCCACCAUCUCGUCGCAAAAGUUUACGAAAGCAAAGCGGAGUUCCGCUCCGCGCUUCAACACGAAAAGGAAGGCUACACUAUUUACAAAAACCAGAUGGGCGAAGCUCACGAGAAAACCAAGGAAAGCUCCGAGUACCUGAAGUGCCUCACCCAGCAGGCUGUGGCCCUGCAGAGAACAAUGAACGAGAUCUACAAAAAUGGCUCCAAUGCCAGCAUCACUCCCCUGAAGUUCACCGCUCCCAGCAUGGCCAACAUCCUGGAACAGCUCAACAUCAUCAACGGCAUCAUUUUCAUCCCUCUAAGCCAAAAAGAUCUGGAGAACCUGAAGGCGGAGGUGCAGCGACGGCAGCAGCUGCAGGAGCCGGAGAAGGUGGAUCACCCCACGGAGGAUAGCCCGCUGCAACUACAGGACAAAAUUCCCGUUGAUUAAUUUCCAAAAGCCCUCAACAGUUAUUAUUAUUAUAUAUAUAUAUAUUAUUUUUUUUGCUUUACGGAGGGUGAAGACCGUGCUGUAACAGUCUUGUCAUUGUGCCCGCUGACCCAGGAACUGAGCAAACUAUAUAAGCGUUGAAAUUAAACAAAAAAAACACACACACACACACACAAGGGGAGAUAUUGAGUAUUUUUGAAGGGUCCAGAAAAUACACUUUAUGAUGUAUAGGACGAAUGAAAACUGAGCCCAAAGUCCUACAAGGUAGGAUGACGGAAGGGAGUCCAAACAUCCAAUAAAUGUAACGUGUAGUGUGAGGAAAUCCUGCCAUUUUUGUGAAGUCAUCUGGGCCCAUAGAACUCACGAGAUCCAAGUGGUGGGCUCACCAGUGACAUUCUGUACCGGAGCCUUACAAGGCCCAGUUCCUUCGCCACGCAGGCGACCGACCACGCGCGGCGUCCGGAAGAGAGCCUUGACGAGCGAGUCUCGGCUUUCCGCUACUUGACGCUAAAAUGCGAUCCAAAUUGACGUGUUUAUUGGAAUGUACCGCUCUUUCAUUUUUCCACACCUCUGAUGGUUCUUUAAUCGAAGCUCAUCAUUUGUGCUGCCCGCGGAGUCCUAGAACCGAACGGCAAACCCGGGUUCUGUCUCCUUUGCUGGAUUUUUUUUUUUUUUUAAUUUUUUAUUUCUCCCUCCCUCAUAUCAGCGAAACGUACACCGAAUGAUCUGAUGGCGUUUUAGACGUGUUCCUUGAAGCCAUGACUGUUUUAUAGAAAAUGUAUAGAAUGGGGGGAGGGGAGGAGGAAAUGUAUAAAUCUAGAUCAGAUUUCAACGUGUUCUCGAUGAAUGGAAAAAAAAAAAAACUCCACGAGGCAUCGUCUUGGAAAGCAGUUUCCUCGGCGUACCAACUGUGUUCCAUCCAUCUUUUAUUUUGACGCAUUAGGAAGACUGCGCGUGUACGUUUUGCAUAAUCCAACAGGAGCGCUGACAGGUGUGAUUUCAACUUUGGCUCUUCAAAUGUUUGAUUUUUCUAUGCAUAGUUGUCAUGUUAGAUGUUUUUUUUGUUUUUCAAAAUGAACCUCGUUCUCGGACAGACGCACGCUCGACGUAUGUCCUGUCCUGGUUUCCCCGUGCGUGCUUUUUCCAUCCGAUCUUGGAUUCUUUUCACGUGGAAGACGCCCCGCAAGCAAUAUGGAGGAAUAUCUUUGCACGUUUCCAGCAGCGAUGAAAAUUGACAAAAGCAGUUUUUUGGAGAUGUACCCCCCCCCCCAAAAAAAAAAAAGUUUGUGCUUGUAUACAUGCAAUGUAACUCUGCUGAAGCAACGUGUAACUUAAUCUGCCGUGUAUAAAUGUUUGUGAUUAAAGCAAUAUUGAGAAGGUGCUGGAAAUGCUAACUGAAGAUGACAAAAAAAUCAUUUUGACAACAAAACGAGAAGAAAGUCACUGCAAUCGUUUUCCUGCAUGUUCAUGAGUCACAAGUGGACGCAGGUGAAUAUUUUCUUGAUAAAGGUGAUGAUCCAUCUUUGCCGUGGUUUAGUCUGUUUCGCGUGUUCCUUACUGUACUUUUUUUUUUUUAUUUGACAUGCAUCCAAUUAUGGGCCAGUACCCCUCAAUCAAUACCAAUAAAUGUCCGCCAGGGGACGCGCUUUCACUUCGCAAAAACAAGGCGCUUGAACCUGAUUAAUUUUUAAUCAAUUGUUUGUCCUGCAGAUUGUCCGUUUUUC